AUGCAGACUGCCAUGGUGACGUACAUUGUCUUUGGUAUCUUCAUCUACAAUCAGGGCUAUUUGGACUAUGAGCCAUCUCGAGGGGCCAUCGCCACGCACGUGCACGGGGACUUCGUGGCCGUGAGCAGCGGGCGACCGAAAGUGCGGUACUUCACAGCGGAGGAAAUCACCACGCCUGGCCUGGAGAACGGGAACGUCUUUGUGACGACUCGACAGUCGCUGAGCCGUCAAAAGCCACUUGGACGCGUGGAGCUGACUGAGCGCGGAAAGACGCGCGGCGUGUGCGAGGACCAGGAGAUGCCUUGCGAGGGCGAUGAGGACUGCCAUUCCCAGUUUGAUGGUAAAUGCUCCCAGAAGGGCUUUUGCAUCGAGCCAUCUUGGUGUCCCAUGGAGGAUGCGGAUGAGACCUACGAAUUGGAUGCAGUGGCGGAUUUGGCCAUUUGGGUCAAGAGUUCCAUCCAGCUACUCGUUUGGUAUACCACCGCGUCGACACAGCUGCACCACCACGCGGGAUUUACCGCGUUUUGGUUCCUUUCGGCGCUGGUCGGUGUGGAUGAAACCGGCGGGUGCUUCAGAAAGAAGUCUUCUGGAACAGGGCAAAAGGGAGGUUCAGAUACCAGAACCCUCCAGUCCAGGUGUUUCCUGGUGACAAGAUCGGUGUCCAGGUAG